CGACCAACGAGGAUGACAUCGUCCACGUCCGCCGCGCCGCGCAUCGUCGUCGUUGGCGGCGGCUACGCAGGCAUCCAGUUUGCGCAGUCACUUGCCUACUAUGCGCCAGGCGCCAGCAUCACGGUCAUCGAGAAGCAGACCUUUACCUUCCACGCCAACGGCAUGCCACGCGCCUUUGUCGACAAGUCGUAUGUGCCCAAGCUCUUCAUUCCGCUCGACAAGGCGCUGCCGUCGCAUGUGACGCUCCUCCGCGGCCUCGCCGUGUCCAUGACGGAUGCGAGCGUGACUGUCCAGACCAUCGACGUCGAUGGCAUCCUCGCCGCCGACACUACGGAGCUCGCCUUUGAUUAUUGCGUUCUUGCGACCGGCAGCAGCUACGCGGCGCCCAUCAAGGUACCCGAGAACGUCUACACGCGCGAGGCCAUCGAGGCGUCGGUGCAUGCGGCCAUUGAUGCGAUUGCAGCCGCUGAGAGCAUCCUCGUCAUUGGUGGCGGCGCCGUCGGCUGCGAAGUCGCGGGUGAAAUUGCCGUCAAGUACCCGACCAAGACCGUGACGCUAGUCGACGGCAACACCCAACUGCUUGCCAGCGCCAACGUGUCGGAGCAGUUUCGGACCAAGGUGGCCGAGGGCCUUGUCGCGCACGGUGUCAAGCUCGUACUCGGUGAGCGCCUCCCGAGCCGACGCACCGCCCACUCGUUUACGCGCGAAACCAUGACGCUCUCGGGCGGGACCGUCAUCGCUUCGGACGUGCAGCUCGUGUGCGCGGGCAUGACGCCCAACACGAGCCUCGUCGCCGCACAGCAUCCGUCGCUCGUGACGCCCCACGGCAUCAACGUCACUACCUCCAUGCAGCUCGAAGGCAAGGACCACAUUUUUGUCCUUGGAGAUGCGAGCAACCACCUCUCGCCCAAGAUGGCGUACGUGGCGAUGGAGCAGGCCAAGCAUUUGGGAUACGGGCUCGCGCAGCACCUUCUGUACAAGACGCCGUUGGCACCAUUUGCGAUGAACCCGAUUGGUCUCAUGCUCCUGCCGAUUGGACCGUACGCGGGCGUCGCGCAGUUUCCCGUGCCUUUCUACGGUGCGCUCGUGCUCGGCGACUGGGUCGUGCGCUUCAUCAAGGGUGCCGACUACUUUGCGAGCCGGACGUGGGGGACGUGGAACGCUUCGGUGCCGUCCUAGGCGCUCUGACAUGGAAGUUGGUGUAUAUAACCAGAAUACAAUCGCUUUUGAAAUAUGA